AUGAUUCGAACCGUCACAAAAAUAAUAUUUCUAACUUCAUUCUUGCUACUCGUCGUCAAUAUACAAUCUAUUCCUGUUCCAUUGGUGUUUGUUGAUCAGCCUUUUUACGUCCACUCCUCGAAUCUCGUCAGACGCGGGAUCAUUCCUUUCGCUGGUUCCUUGGGUCUCCUCGGUGGUACAGGAUAUGGAAAACUCAAGAAUUAUCCGGUUGGCACUUCGGCUACCAGCUCUAACGGUGCAAUUAAUCAAAGCGCCGGCCAAGCCACAGAACUAUCGGACUCUUCAAAUGUGGCCGCUGGUGGUACAUACCAGGGUAGCAGUGGAGGAACGUAUGGAAAAUACGGCUCAAGGCUUUCACCGUUGUUUCUUAAAAACAAGGUGUUGGGUAUGGGCAUGCCAAUUCUCUAG